AUGGCGACGGGGCGCGGUCGCCCGUCUCCACCUCAUGGCACGCGCGUGAGUCCGAAUGCUAUAAUGCAAGAGAGUAAUCGUCAGCUUGAUGCGUCUUAUCAUUCCUGGCAGAGCCGUCGGCCACAAUUGUUCCAUCAAUCACAAGCUGGUUCAGUGUCAAGGAUGGCAUCCAACACAAGUGUCCGUAUUUCCGUUAUUGCAGAUGACCAGGAGCAUGUCGUCAAGCUGGCCAAUACACUUUACGACGGCACCCUUCAGAAAAGCUUGAUCUGCGAAGCAAAGGCGCUGGCUACAUCAGGCGUAGUCAGGCGAUGUCAGCCAGUCAUCUUGUUGGAUCAUACAGGCCGCACGUACACUUCCGCGUCGACUAUCUCGCUCCGCUGGCACUAUGAUAACGGGCUCCAGACGUUUCAGGAGACAUUCUACAUUGUUGACAGACUACCUCGUGCCGACAGCAGACAUGGUGCUCGAGACGGCAGCCGAGGUGGUGAGUGGGAUGCCAUGUUGCGAGUCGGCGUCGAGCCCUGUCCUGACGGCGGCCCCCCAAGUGCCUAUCCGUACAUGAGCGUGCCGCCGGAUCGGAAUGCACAAAGAGAGGACGAGAGACGAAAGCUGGAGGAGGAGCUCCAGAAGCAGUACGAGGAAGAGAAGAAGGCGCAGGUCGCGAAGAUCAAGGAGAAGCUGCUGAAGAAGGCCGCAAAACGUUGA